AAGACACAUUUUACUCCACUAUGAGCUAAAUGACAGCUUGCUAAUGUUCUUCUUUAACGGGUGCACCCAAUGGCGGAUAAUUUACACACGUCCUGUUAGCUGCUACGCCAUGUCAUUAUAACGGUCAGUUAAAACAUAACCUCUGGUUGUGUCGUAGAAAGAGAAACACGUAGAUUUAGUUUAGUCGUAGAAUGAAUAAUUCGGUAACUUCCGCUACUUACAUCCGCCACCUUAGUUACAGUUUACUUCGUAAGUUGUCCGACUUUCUGGACCCUCAAGACAGGUGGAGGGAUGUUAUUGUCUCCAUACGGAAGCCGGGAGGGGGGCUCAGGUACUCGCAGCAGCAUGUCAGGAGGUUUGAAGGGCUUGUUGCACAGGGUAAAAGUCCCACAGUGGAGCUGCUGGCUGACUGGGGGACCACCAACAGCACAGUGGGGGAACUGGUGGACAUUUUGAAGAGUCACAAGUUACUGGCUGCUGCCAGUCUCCUGCUGCCUGAUGAAGAAGCUGUCUUACCAGAACCACAGCAUGUCUCUGCAGCUGUUGAGACAAACAGCGCCCUUCCCACUAGACUACUGGAAGAGAUGGAAACACGGCCGCCACCUGACAGUCCUGAGCUACAGCCACAGAUUCUACUGGAGAGCAGUGAAACAAGCUACACAGGUUUCUCCAGUUUCUUGUACAAUGAGCUCAUGAGGAUAACAGGCAACUUCGAUGACCGUCCCAUAUCAGACGGCGGCAGCAGAAUCGGAGAGGGAGGCUUUGGCACUGUGUACAGAGGUCUCCUCAAUGACAAAGCUGUUGCAGUGAAAAAGCUCACUCCUAUGGAUGAUGUCUCCCUGGACGAGCUGCAAGUUCAGUUCAACCAAGAGAUCCAAACUCUGCAAGCGUUGAAACAUGAGAACCUGGUUGACAUGGUUGGAUUUUCCUGUGAUGGACAGCACCCAUGUUUGGUGUAUGCCCUAAUGGCCAAUGGUUCUUUGCUUGAUCGACUAGCUUGCUUGGGGGGAAGCCCCCCACUCUCUUGGCGACAGAGAUGCUUGAUAGCUGAGGGGACAGCAAAAGGUUUGGAAUAUCUGCACAGCAACCAUCAUGUCCACAGAGAUGUUAAAAGUGCAAAUAUCCUGUUGGAUGAAAAUUUUGUGACAAAGAUCUCAGACUUUGGGCUGACAAGAGCAUCGGCCAAGCGGACGUCUACAACCAUGAUGACGGAGAGGGUUGUGGGUACCCGUGCAUACAUGGCACCUGAGGCGCUGAGGGGAGAGAUCACACCAAAAUCGGAUGUUUUCAGCUUUGGAGUGGUGUUGUUAGAAAUAUUGUCUGGACUCCGGCCAGCUGAUGACAACCGCGAGCCUCAGUUCUUGAUGGAGGUGAGGUAUGACAUAGAUGAUGAAGACGAGGAGCUGACUCUUGAGGACUUCCUGGACAAAAAGAUGACAGACUGGGAGCUGAGUCAGGUGGAGAGCAUCUACUCUUUGGCCUGUAACUGCCUCCAUGACAGGAAGAACAGACGACCGGUCAUCAAGCAGGUCCUGCUGGAGCUCAAAGGAGUUGUCAAAAGUAUUUCACUGGCUGUUGAGGCACAGGAGUGAAAUGUAGCAUCCCGGGAAGGACACAAGAUGUCGACACUUCCUCCAGCGACGGUGCACACACUGACAAAUGCAUACCCUUCUCAAGUUUUACAGAAAUUAAUGUUACUUGUUGGCUGUGUCUGGCAAAAAAAGUAUAUUUUUGUAUUACAUUUUUCCUGUAAUGAUAAACUGCAAAUGUUUUUAAUGGCAUUGUAAAAUAUUCUUUAUGUAUAAUUUUCAGAUCCUGAAAAAAUGCUAUAGCUUAUUUUUUCUACAGCAUUCUGUGAUAUUUGAAAGCAAUAGUUUUGGCCACAGUGUUUUUAUCAUGUUUUUUAUUGUGAAGGAAUA